AUGGCAAGUUCUAGCCAUCGAUGGAGACUCUGCGGAAGAGCUGAAGAAUACAAACAACUUGAGCAGUUCUAUAUAGAACGGAAGCAUCAUGAUCUUGUUUUCAUCACUGGCCCAAACGGAUGUGGGAAAACCAGUCUGAUUGCGAGUCUAAGAUCACGAAUAUCAAAGGAUUCAGGUUACCUACUGUAUGGAGAGUUCCUGCCUGAUUCCGCUCCUUAUGAAGCCUUUGGCGAGAUCUUUCAGGAGCUUGAAAAACAAAUACGGCACCACCGAGACUCCAAAUCCAUACUGAAGGACGUAAGACAGGCACUAUCAAAAAGCGAGCUCAAUACUGAUCUCCUUCUUCAGGUGUUUCCCUCUCUGCGCUUUUUAUUAUCAAAGAUAAGACAAAAGCCUCUGACUAGUAGACGGCAACCACCGACUACGGUUCAAGAUGCCUAUCGGCAACGAAGUGAUCUUCAUCGAGAUAUCCUCCUGUUGUGUGAGGUAGUAUCGUCCUGUUUCCCUGUGGUUAUGGCGUUGGACAAUGCAAUGUGGGCUGACGAUGAUACGCUGAAGCUUCUGGAAAGCCUUCGCGAUCGGCAAACCGUCAGAAACUUUCUUUGUGUGGUUAUUUCUCGUGAGGGUAUCGAGCGCCAGCUACAAUCCAGCACAGAACAGGAUAUUGGUGUUAAUGAACCUAUUUCACAAUCGCCUCAGAUUCACUUGGGUCGCCUAGACCGAAGUGGAAUAGCAGAGAUUGCGUGCAGUGUACUCGAAACUGGCACUCGACAGAAGUGUGCUGAUGUAGUUGAUCUCGUAUAUCGAGAAACUGGAGGAAACCCAUAUCAUGCUAAAGAGAUGAUACAGUCUCUGGUGUCUGAAGGAUAUGCCCUAAAAAAUGAAAAUGGCUACUGGACGGUACAGACAUCGGGGGCAAUGACUCUACCUCCAUUGUAUGAUUUGAUGCUGACGCCGUUCUAUCAUCUGCCAGCGCAUCUGAAGGAUGUUGCUCAGGUUGCUUCUGCGUUCGAGGGUCGAACCAUUCAUCACUCCAUCUUGUCGGAGCUAGUGACCACCCUUCCAGCUGGCGAAGUAAUGGAAGCCAUUAUACAAAUAAAAGCUGCAUUGGGUGUCACCCAGGAUGCAACUGGGCGCUUCUUUUACUUUCCCUACGGUAUGCAAAAGUUGAUCUACGAAAAGUAUUGCAUUGCUGAAAGAAAGACAAUGCAUCAACACGCCUUGCGUUCACUAUAUCGUCACCUCUCAUCGAACACUUUGGACGCCAAUGUCUUUCUUGUUCUUCAUCAAUCGACCCGAAGUCAGUGGUUCCGAUCAACAGUUCACCAAAAGAUGGAGUUGGCUCGUCUUUGUCUCGUCGCAGCAAAAAGAUCAAUUUCCAGCCUCGCCUCGUCAUCUGCAGAAAGAUAUAUUCAGAAAGGCGUUUCGUGUCUCGCGGACGUUGAGGAUCGAUGGAGAAUCGACUAUGCGUUGACGCUGGAAUUGUGUACCCGCUCCACCGAAAUCGAGUUUUCCAAGUCUAAUAUUGAAGAAGUCCAUCGCCUGUACAAGGAAAUCGCCCUGCACUCUCGUGAGCCCAUCGAUGUUGUUCCUGCUUGCAGGGUUCACAUGCUGGCACUGGUGGAAGAAGAAAUGGUUGACCGGGCGAUCGACGUUGGAUUGAAAUGGAUAUUCCAAAUUGGAGAAUCGUCAGAGCAAAGCAUUGACUUGAAAAAAACUUUAACAGAUUUGAUCAAAGCCAAAAAGCUCAUCGUCUCCUCGCCAAAUAGCGUAAUCGAUUCAUCUAUCAGUGAAGAUAACGACCCUCUAAAAUUGCUCCGAAGCAGUGCGAGCAGUCUCCGGAGCAAGGAGAGCUGGGGAAAGAAUUACGGUCGCUGCCUGAGCCUCUUCAACUGUCUCCUUGAAACCGAGUAUGUACUUGGAAACUAUGACAAAGCCAAAGAUGUUAUCAAUAUAGUUCUCCAAAACGCCCGUGAACCUCAAGACAAAUGCUCUGCUCUCCACACAAAGAUGCAAUUGGUUGUGCAAGCAUCGAAUCGAAAUCAUGCUCUGGGUGCGGAAGAGUCAAUCAAGAUGCUGGCUUCCUUUGGGAUUCGGAUUCCCUUGAAGCCAUCAACGAAAGAUGUGAUGAUUGAAAAAUUAAAGCUGCGUGCUGCGCUUGGUAGGAAAAAAAUCUCAUUUCUAGCAAGUAUGCACGUGAUGGAGCGCGACUGCAUCAUGAAGCUGGUUGACCAACUUUGCCACUUCGCUACCUCAUCGCAUGAUGAGAAUCUGACGGCCGUUGUUGCCCUGCGCGCCAUGAGAAUGUCACUCAAAAACGGAAUCAGCAAGUACUUACCUCAAAUUCUUAUCUCUUAUGCAGUUCCAUUGCGACGCAAUGGAAAGCUGGAAGAUGCUUAUAUGCUUUCUUCAUCUGUGGAAACGUUAUUCAAAAGAUUUCCUCAGGAAAACCCAAAAUUUCAGCUACUGCUACAAUCUGGUACUUUGCAUCUGAAGAAGCCUUUCCACAGUAGUGUGGAUCAUUUCGUCAAUCUCUACGGUGUUGCUCUUGCGAAUGGAAACAUCGAAUAUGCAUUGAUCCUUGCAAUGCAUGUCCCGUUUCUUCAUUAUGCCAGUGGGUUGCCUCUUACAAAGCACUUUGAGUCUCAGCUUUCAAUGUUCGAAGAAAAAGCAACACAACUUGAGCAGCCCAUUUUCGUGGCUCUCUUCAACGGUUUUCACCAAUUUUUGCACAACCUACAAGGGAAUUGUUCCAAUCCACUAGAGUUGAAUGGUGAGGCUAUGAAUGAAGCUGAAAUUCUUGGCCAUUUUGAGGGAAAUAGUCGAUCGAUGACGCUGCGCGACUUCGGUGUAUUGCGGCUGACACUGGCUUGCAUCUUUGACGAUACAGGAACUAUGAUCGCGAUGCUUGAUAGGUUAAAAUCCUAUCCCCUUUUCGAUGCCCCGAUUGUCCGAGAGCAUACUCGAAUGACAUACAUGGGAAUUGCGGCCCUCAUCCUUGGGCGAACAUCAAAGGAUAAGGAAUUCAAAAGGCUGGGGCAGAAAAUCUUGAAGACAUUCAAGGAACUGAAUGAUAUUGGAAGCAAAAACGCCCGACCCGUGUAUCUGUGCCUACGUGCCAUCGAAAAGCACACCAUAAAGGCAUACGAGAAGGCCAUUCGAGAGUGCCGUUUUGAAAACAUGCUUCAUUUGGCAGCGAUGAUGAACGAACAAUGCGGGAAGAUGCUCAUGAAAGAACAAAGCUACGAUUUGGGAAUGGAAUAUCUGGGAGCAGCCUUAUGGCUUUACAGGGACUGGGGUGCCGAUGGCAAGGUCCAGCAAAUGAAAGCUGCUUUUGAUAUGUCCGAGCCUUCGAGACACCGAACUGAUUCCGAAACGUUGUCCGAGCACUAG